AUGACGGAUUCCCUGAAGAGUGGAAAUGGUUUGCCAGUGAUUGGACCAGGGGCUGAUAUAGGGAAAUCUUCACUCCACAUGGUGGGGUACUUGGGAAAAAAUUGUGAUUCAGCUAAAGUUUUGUCAGAUGAGUAUUGCCCUGCUUGUAGGGCGAAGGGAAAGUUAAAAGCCUUAAAGACUUACCGAAUUAGUUUUCAAGAAUCUGUCUUUUUGUGUGAGGAUCUGCAGUGCAUCUAUCCGUUGGGCUCUAAAUCACUUAAUAACUUAAUUUCUCCUGGUUUGGAAAAUUGUCACACUCCAAAUAAGCCUCAAAAAAGAAAGAUCUUGGAAGCCAACUGUGAAGAGUCACCUCUCUUAGCAGUUUCCAAAAAGACUAAAAAUCAUCGAGACAUUGACAGUGGACAAGUUUUGAACAAUAACCAUAAUGGAGGAGAACAUGAUGGAACCUCACCAGGCUUACCUGGUUCACUGUACAGUGGACAGCACAAUCCAGUUAGGACAGCUGAUUCCUGGGAGCAGAAUGAGGCUUUGGAAGCUGAUGCUGUUGACGUGGCUCCUGAGGAAGAUGCUACUGUGGUUGAUGUUUCUGGAACUGAAGGGACUCACCCUCAAAAUGAAAGAUGUGCAUCUGAACUGGAAAAGCCACUGGAGAGCAAACAUACCUCGUUUUGCCAGACCUCAUGUGUCCAGUGGGAAAAUGCACAUGCUCUGUGUUGGUUAGACUGUAUCCUGUCAGCACUGGUGCACUUGGAAGGGCUGAAAAGCGCUGUGACUGACCUGUGUUCUAAAGAGGAGUCCAUGUUCGGGCGGUUGUUUACCAGGUAUAAUCAAGCCAAUAUGCUUCUGCACACCAGUCAGCUGGAUGGAGUUAAAGAUGGAGAUUGUAAAAAGCUUCCUUCAGAAAUAUUUGCAAAGAUAGAGACCUGUCUGAAUGAGGUCAGAGAUGAAAUUUUUAUUAGACUUCAACCUCAGCUUAGAUGUACAUUAGGUGAUAUGGAAAGCCCUGUGUUUGCAUUUCCCCUGCUCUUAAAACUAGAACCCCACAUUGAACAGCUCUUCACAUACUCUUUUUCUUGGAAUUUUGAAUGUUCACACUGUGGGCACAAGUAUCAAAACAGAUGUAUGAAGAAUCUGGUCACCUUUACAAAUGUCAUCCCUGAGUGGCACCCACUUAAGGCUGCCCAUUUUGGUCCGUGUAACAAUUGCAACAAUAAGUCACAAAUAAGAAAAAUGGUAUUAGAAAAAGUCUCUCUCGUAUUCAUGUUGCACUUUGUGGAAGGCUUACCCCAUAAUGACUUGCAGCGCUAUUCAUUUCAUUCUGAAGGCUGUCUUUAUCAAGUAACCUCUGUAAUUCAGUACCAAGCAAAUAAUCAUUUUAUAACAUGGAUUUUAGAUGCUGAUGGAAGUUGGCUAGAAUGUGAUGACUUAAAAGGCCUGUGUUCUGAAAGGCAUGAGACAUUUCAGGUUCCUGCUUCGGAGAUACAUAUUGUUAUUUGGGAAAGAAAAAUAUCCCAGAUGACAUAUAAAGCAUCUGCCUGCCAUCCACUUAAAAAGACUAGUGACCAGUACACUUUCGGCGAUGAGAAGCAAGCGUCUCCAGCAGCAUGUUCUGCAGGCAAAGCUGCCUUAGCUGAACCGUCCUCAGGAACGCAUCCCACAGAUGUGUCCAUGGUUCCUAAUACCCUCUCACAGGAUGAAGCUGUAGCUCCUGGACAUCAUUCCCUUCCAGAUCUGAAAGGUUCAGUUGACAGCAGUAUCUUACCUUUGACACAUGAAGUACAGUCCAACUCUGAAGGUUUUUUAUUAGAACACAAACCUGUGGCAGAAAAUACAGGGGUUGUUGAAGCAAACACUUUGCAGUCAGAGGAGCCAUUCACAGCUUUUUUAGUGGCCCCAUCCGAGGACAAGUUUACCCACAACCAGUCUAUGGAUUUAAGCUUUUCAUCCCAGCUGUUAACUAUGCCAUCUGUACAGGUGACUACAGAAGAUGCUGUAGUUACUCAGCCUGUGGAUGAUACUCAUGCUGCUGACCUUACACAGCAAGUAAAGUCAGUAGACACUGAGGGCACAGUUGCCCUAGAGAGGAAUGCUUCAUUGAAACAAUUUCUUGCACCAGAAACUGAGAAGUUAAAUCCAGAACAGCAUGUUACAUCUCAGGUAUCUGAUUGGAAGGAAAAAGAAACCACAGCAUUUUCUCAAACUGUAACAGCUAAGCCCUUACAGAAUCCACCUCUGAAAGAGAAUCAGAAGAAACCAUUUGUGGGAAGCUGGGUUAAAGGCUUAUUAAGCAAGGGUGUUUCUUUUAUGCCAUCUUGUGUUUCAGCUCAUAACAGAAACACUGUGACUGAUUUGCAGCCUUCAGUUAAGGGGGCAAGUAAUUUUGGUGGCUUUAAAACUAAAGGUUCAAGACAAAAGGCCAGCCAGGCCUCCAGGAAAGCUCACAGGAGGGCAGCCAAGCCGCCUCUGGUGAGUAACUCUCCUCCAAGCCAUCAGUCACCAGCCAGCACAGCUUCCCCUCCCCGCGCUGAUGGCACUGGUGAUUUGGAAGUUUUGAAGAGAUGUGAAAGCACCUCCUGUGGAGCUCACCUCAACCACAAUUCUCAUGGAAAUGAAAAUGGUGUUUCUUCACCAAACCAUGGAGACACAGUUGAGGGUCAGAUUCAUAAACUCCGUCUAAAACUUCUUAAAAAACUUAAGGCAAAAAAGAAGAAAUUAGCUGCUCUGAUGUCUUCCCCCCAGAACAGAACACUUCCAAGUGAACCUUCAGAACAAGUAUCCCAUUGUGGGUCUCCAAAUGACAGUGAGUCAAUAGAAGGCUUGCUGCAAGAACUGCAGCGUCAAAUUGACAUUGCCGAUAAUAAAUCAGGGUGUGCCACAGCUCCCGGUGUUUCCCCAUACGGUGGUCAGACGCACGAAGAAAUUCUAGCAGAAUUACUAUCCCCGACCAGUGUGGUUUCAACAGAGCUUUCAGAAAACGGGGAGGCUGACUUCAGAUAUUUAGAAAUGGGAGAUAGUCUCAACCCGGCACCAGUUCCCAAUGGAUUAAACAGUAUUCCCCACAACACACAUCUGAGGCAGGAGCAUAAUUACUGUAGCCCCACCAAGAAAAACCAGAGUGAACUUCAGCCAGAUUCACUCACAAAUAAUGCCUCUAUUAGAAUAUUGAACUCGGAAAGUCCCAUGAAGACUGAUAUCUUUGAUGAGUUUUUUUCUGCUUUAGCGUUUAAUUCUUUAGCAAAUGAUGCAUUAGACUUACCUCAUUUUGAUGAAUAUUUGUUUGAGAAUUGUUGA